UAACUAACCAGUCCAUCCACUGUGUGUUACAGCAACUGAAACACCCCAACCUGGUGAACCUGCUUGAAGUGUUCCGGAGGAAGCGGAGGCUGCAUCUGGUCUUCGAAUACUGCGACCACACAGUCCUCCAUGAGCUGGACAAGCACCCGCAGGGGGUGCCGGAGCAUGUAGUGAAGAGCAUAACCUGGCAGACCCUCCAAGCUGUGAACUUCUGCCAUAAACACAAUUGCAUCCACCGAGACGUAAAGCCAGAAAACAUCCUGAUAACAAAGCACUCAGUCAUCAAACUUUGUGACUUUGGAUUUGCUCGCAUACUGACUGGUCCGAGUGAUUAUUACACAGACUACGUGGCUACCAGGUGGUACCGCUCUCCGGAGUUACUUGUGGGAGACACCCAGUACGGCCCUCCCGUGGAUGUGUGGGCGAUAGGCUGCGUCUUUGCAGAGCUGCUCGCCGGGGUCCCCCUGUGGCCUGGCAAGUCUGAUGUCGACCAGCUGUACCUCAUCCGGAGAACUCUGGGGGAUCUUAUUCCCAGGCACCAGCAAGUGUUCAGCACCAACCAGUUCUUCAGCGGGGUAAGAAUUCCAGACCCCGAGAGCAUGGAGCCGUUAGAAAUGAAAUUCCCUAGUAUUUCGUACUCUGCUUUAGCUCUGAUGAAGAGUUGCCUUCGUAUGGACCCUGCGGAGCGGCAGACGUGUGAGCAGCUCCUGCAGCAUCCCUAUUUUGACAGCAUUAGGGAAGCAGCGGAUCUGGGGAAAGAACAGGAAAAAACGGCUCGGAAACCAGGCAGACUGACUCGGAAGCACGUGGCAGGGUUACAGUACCUGCCUCAGUUAACCAGCAGUAACGUUCUACCAGCUUUGGACAGCAAGAAGUACUGCAGCAAAACAAAGAAAUCAAACUACCAUUUCCCUAACAUCUAA